CUGCUGAAGACCGUCAACUACCAAUCAAUUUUGUGGUGUAAGACUGUUAGCUAUUCAGACGGAAUGUUACGGAAACGGAACACUGAUAAUUCGUGGUUGUUGCAUAUGUGGAGUAGAUGGUGGUGUGCCGGUGGUGGAGGAUCGAUUCUGAGGCAAAGGGUGUCUUUUGUUUUUAGUGGAAGCCAUGGUUGUGGGGGAAAGGUUCAGCCUUUUGAUCCUUUGAGGGGUUUUGAAGGGGAAUGUGGUGGAAGGAGAGGAGGGGUGGCGUUUGUGUUGAGGCAGAUGAAGAGCGGUGUCUGUUCCACAGCUUCAGUUUCACACCCUGCUGAUGCUGUCAGUGGGAAUGGGAAUGAGAAUAGUAAUAAUAGUAAUAAUAAUGAUAAUAGUAAGAGUAAUGAUGAUAAUGGGAAUGGAAAAAAAGGGUCUAUGUCCUUCCGUGAGGCUAAGAAGCUAAUGAGAUUGGCGAAUGUGGAAUCGCUAAAGGAGAAGCUUGAAAGGGAGGAGAAGGAGAUUAUUCCCUACUGUGAGCUUCUUGAAGAGUGUAAGAAAAUGGGUGUUGCAAGAGAUGCUGAGGAGGCUGCAACAUUUGCACAUUGUCUUGAUGAUGCUGGGGUUAUUCUCCUCUUCAGAGACAAGGUCUAUCUGCAUCCUGAUAAG